CCAAACAUAGAAGAUAUAAACAAUAAAUUUAUAGUGUACGAAAUUAGACGCCCGUACGGAAUUAGCCGCAUCGACUCUAUUGUCCGUAGUUCUGGGUAUGGUCCAUGGUCCUUUACAUGGACCUCCCAAUAUGACCUCGACCUUCUUUUCUAUAUUUAGACGGUGUCAACAAACAAAAUGUCGCCGACAAAUCAACUGCCAAAUCUUGCUCAAAACUAUUUUAUGCAGUUAACCCGUUUUUCUGCACGCAGAUUGCAUGCAUCAAGCUCUCAUUGUUUAAGGAUUUGUUAUUGUUGCCAGCAACACAAACGAGACGCUUCUACGUACAAAAAUACCAACUACGACAAAGUUUUCAAGCGAUCAGUUGGAAAUGCAGAAGAAUUUUGGGCCGAACAUGCAAAUGCAUUGGUGUGGGACAAAACGUGGACCAAAGUGCUUGACAACUCGAAACCACCGUUUACUAAGUGGUUUGUGGGUGGGGAGUUGAAUACGUGCUACAAUGCGGUAGACCGACAUGUGGAUGCGGGUAACGGGGGACAGGUUGCCAUCAUCUACGACAGCCCAGUCACAAAACAGAUCAAAAAGAUAUCCUACAAGGAACUGCAGCAUGAGGUUUCACGGUUUGCCUGGGUGUUGCAAAGACAAGGUGUUAAGAAGGGAGACUGUGUUCUGAUCUAUAUGCCCAUGAUACCAGAGGCUAUCGUUGCCAUGUUGGCCAGUGCCCGUAUAGGGGCCAUACACUCUCUUGUUUUUGGUGGGUUUGCAUCAAAGGAAUUGUCAACGAGGAUUGACCAUGCUAAGCCAAAGGUGAUCGUGACUGCAAACUAUGGUGUGGAACCAAGCAAGCUAAUCCCAUACAAACCCUUGUUGGAUGGGGCUCUCAGCAUGGUGUCUCACAAGCCCCACAGGUGUAUCGUAUACAACAGACCUGGGUCUGAAUUCACACCUCUCACCAAAAACCAAGACCUGGAUUAUGAGUUUGAGAUGAGUCAGAGUCAGAAGACAGACUGUGUCCCCGUGUCGGCCACUGACCCCCUGUACCUGCUGUAUACGUCAGGAACCACGGGGCUCCCUAAGGCGGUUGUGAGACCCAGUGGGGGCCAUGCAGUUGUACUGAAGUGGUCCAUGUGGAACAUAUAUGGCAUCAAGCCAGGGGAGGUAUGGUGGGCAGCGUCAGACCUUGGCUGGGUGGUUGGACACUCCUACAUCACGUACGCUCCAUUCCUCAAUUGUAACACUACUGUACUCUUUGAGGGUAAGCCAGUUGGGACUCCGGACCCAGGGGUAUACUUCCGUGUAAUCAAGGAGCACAAUGUGGCAGGGCUGUUUGUGGCCCCUACAGCACUUAGGGCCAUACGUAGGGAUGACCCUGAGGGAGCUUUUGGUAAAAAGUUUAUGCCGCUCCGAAGUUUCCGUAACCUGUUCGUUGCGGGGGAGCACUGUGAUAGAGAAACGAUGGAGUGGACAAAGACUGUGUUCCAAUGUCCCGUGUUAGACAACUGGUGGCAGACUGAGACAGGCUGGCCGAUGACGGCGUCCUGUGUAGGACUAGGGAUGCCCCUGAAUCCCAACCCAGGGGUCACUGGCAAACCUGUACCAGGCUGGAAUGUGAAGGUGGUGAAGGAUGACUUUGUGACAGAGACGGCAGAUCUGGAGCUGGGGCAGAUCAUAGUCAAGUUGCCCCUACCCCCGGGAUCGUUCAGCACGCUCUGGGACAACGACUACAGGUUCCAGUCCACAUACUUUGAUAUGAAAAAGGGUUUAUACAACACAAUGGACUCUGGAUACCGUGACAAGGAUGGCUAUGUUGCUGUGAUGUCACGUAGUGAUGAUGUCAUCAAUGUGGCAGGACACCGGCUGUCUACUGGUGCCCUGGAAGAGGCUAUCAUAGACUGCCCAUAUAUUGCUGAGGCAGCAGUUAUAGGGGUCCCAGACGAGUUAAAGGGUCAUGUGCCCCUUGGGUUGUGCGUGCCGAAGUACGGACUGGGUAUCCCUGAAGAGAAGAUAAAAGAAGAUGUCAUCAAGCAUGUACGAGACUCCAUUGGUCCAGUAGCUAGCUUCAAGCUUGCUAUUCUGGUUCCCAAACUGCCAAAAACAAGAUCUGGGAAAAUUGCACGGAAUACUAUAGCUGCCAUGGCUGCUGGAAAGAGUUUUGAGAUUCCAGUGACGAUCGAGGAUGCAAGUGUCUACCCGGCAAUCAAGCAGGCGUUGAUGGAGAUCGGAUAUCCACCACAGAAAUAACAAAGUUCUUGCUUUGCAACGAGCUUUGCUCGUUGAAAAUUAAGAUAAAGCAUGUGCCUUAAUGUCCCCAUGUGUCCCAGUUUGCACAGGCUCAUCAGGAAAAAUAGGUAUUUUUCGUUUAAAGGAUGUCUCUUCUUAGCAAAAAUCAGGUUAAGAUGAAAAGUGUCGUCCCUGAUGAGCCUGUGCGGACUAAACUUUUUGCAUAAGGAUUAAGCCCCGUCUUCCCAAAGCAAAGCUAAAAUAUCUUGGGAAUUCACGUUAAGUGAUCUGUCUUUGUGACAUUGAACAAAGUUUCAAUCACCAGAAUAAUCAAAGUGCUGAAGGCACUGAAGAUGUUCGCUAUUGCAUAAUUUAACACUCAAUUCAUUUUUCAAAAUCAAUCGCAAGUUUGAAAUGAACACACGCCAUUCAACUUUAUAAAGUGUGUGUCAUAGCGCACGGGUCGAGUUUUGUGUGCACUUUUUAUCAUCCUUAUUAUUUCAUAGAAAUAACUUAGACAAAAUAAAAACAACAUGCUUUUUGGACGCUCUGAAAGCAUAGAAAGAAUGAUGAAAAUGGUAAUGAGAACUUAAUAUAAAGAAAAUUUGCAGUCACCAUCAUAUUAAAGGAAUAUUUUUUCUAAUAUCAAAUAACUAUAUCACCAAGAAUAUAAAUUCAUAAUGAGUUUCGUGUACAAAACUUUUGAUUUUGGACACCAUAUACAAAUUCAAAAUAUACAAUUAUCUUCGUAUCUUGUAUAUGGAGGAAUAAAAGUAUAUAAACAU